AUGAGAACUUUUCCUAUUCUAGUGCUCACGGUAUUUCUGGUCGUUUUUGAGGUAAUGUUUGUAUUGGAUAUCAGUUUCAGCUCUGAUUUCAGCCAGGGCAGACGGCUGGCCAGGUAGACCGAUGUGAGUUAUGCAUGACAGUCCUUCGGUCGGUGUACGGACAUUUUGGGAAAAAUGUCAAAAGCAAACGAAUGUUGGCCAACCGGCUGGAACACACUUGCAAGAGAUAUCCUCAUGUGAGAUGGGGGACUUACAAUGAGGAGUUGGAUACUAUUUUCUAAGAGACAUCCAAUUUUCAUUUCAGUCAUUUGAAAGCAUUUGGAAGACAUGAACCGGUGUAAAAAUUUCAGAAAAAUGUCUUUAUUUUGCAUUGAUUUAUAAAUGAACUUUAACAUGCUUUAACAGUAUAUUUUAGUACCGUCGAACCUGUCUCCAAAUGACCUCGGAUCACCAUCUUAAGAUUUAUGAAGAUCUGAAACCGGACAAAUACGAUCCGAAAAGAACGUGCAUUGACGUGCAGGUGAGUGAUAGUUUCCGAAUGUAAACCAGAUGUGCUUUGUGGUUGGUCGCAAGAUUGAAAGUUUCAGGAAUGCGUCCAGGAUAUCUCCACUGCUCCUUCAACUCUUGCUACUAACUCCGUUGAAGAACUUACUUCAUCAAUCAAAAACGUAACCACUGAACCAAUACCGGAUGAUAAUUCAGUCUGAAAAUCGCAGUGAUACUUCUUAGCUCGCCUUCAGCUUUAUUCUUUUUCUGCUUCUUUUUCGUUUCUUUCAUUUUGUCUUGUCAUAACGCUCCCCACAUAUUCCACUUGAAUGUGUACAGAUAGAAAGAGAUGAGUCGCCCAAUAAUAAAAAUGAAAGCCUUCUAAAUAUAAUUAUCAAAAUAGAGCACAAUUCUAGGGCUCGGAGCUUGCCACCAGCCACCCCGGAUUGAGAAUUUCUCCCAUUCUCUCUAAUGUUUUUCGUUGAGCACGUGAUCAUAGGAUUCAAAAUGUUGCGCUUAUUCACUAGACUUCAAAAUGUAAACAUUCUUGUUUCAUUUUUUGCAAACGUUUGCUUUUUCUUCCAUUCAGCGCCCAGCUCUUUGACCUAACUCUCCAUACACUUCACAAGAUUACAGAUAUACCGCCAGGUAAGAAAAAGCAAGUGUCUUUUUCGGUGACCAAUGGGAAAGAUUGUCCACCGGCAGUUGUUGUUGUAGACACUUCAGAAAUGAAUGGUCCCGCACAACUCAGUUAUCCCUUUGUACGCCGAAGAGAUACGAUUGUCGACGAGAAUGCGAUGCAGGUUGUGUUGGUGGUGUGUCUGAAAUUGCAUGGAAAAUCCUAUUUCUUCAGCAUCUUCUUUUGCACGAAAGCAUUUGGAGUCAUGCGUUCCGAAAGCGACGGAGAAGGGGAUCCAAUGAGAACCGACCAUCAAAAUUGAAACAGUUUGUAGCUCUUUUACAAGUCGGUGAUCCAUUCCAGUAUCAUACAAACUCUUUACAUUUUAAGAUUAUCUACGACAAAUCUCGUGUACAUUACAUAGUUCCAAUUAUCUUGCUCAUUGCCUAUUCAGUCUUAGGAGGCCUCAUAUUUUGGUCGAUAGAACGGCCGAAUGAAGAGAUAAUGUUAGCUGAGAAGGUGUUUUGAGUGGUUUUAUGUUGCAGUUUUCAUCGAAACGGUUCCAGAGAAACUAUAUAGCCGCACUGACAGAUGACUUGGUGGAAGUGUUAAUGCAGAUUCACAACCGGUUGAUAGACUUCAACAGGGCCUAUGGAAACAAUACGUACUUGUUGAUGAUCCAUUAUCGAGGAUAUCGAAAGUUUGCGUUGAAUCAAAUUCACAAGGUAGUGUAGUUUGCUGCAAAUCUUGUAAAAAGGAAUAGAACUUGCAGAGCGUGUACUGGUACACAUUAUCAACGUUCUAUCUAACUGAGCAUGAAAUGCACAAAGUUGUUGCUCUGCGCCCGCGGAAUCCCGAGCAGUUGUGGAAAAGACACUUUGAGAGCAACUUUGGGAGGAUUCGGGCGCUGAAAAACUACACUGAACAAGUAUCAAAAACUGAAAUCAGACUAAAUGUUUUAAACUUUUCAGUUGUGUCUUCGAUGCUGGGAACUAGGUGUUGAAGGAGCAAAUCACGGAUGGUCUAGGUACAAUUAUAGUUUGAUGGUACGUUUGAACACAGUUUCAGAUAAAACAUAAUAGUUUCAAUUAAGGUUAACCAGAGUGUUGAAGAGUAUAAUAACUCGGUCGGACUUGGUCACGUAUUAACGCCUGUUUGGACUUUUUGGAAUGCCAUGUUCCUCGCCGGUUUCGACGAAUCUCCUUGUUCACCAACUAACUCAUUUUUUUCAGUGACCACGUACACCACAAUCGGAUACGGAAACAUCACCGCAAAAACAAAACUUGGCAAGCUCGCCGCAAUGUUCUAUGCGGUGGUGGGGAUUCCGUUGGUCCUCAUGAUUCUUCAUAAAUCAGGUCGAAUAUUUUUGAUGGGAUUGGAGCACAUGUGGGAUUUCAUCUUAAGGUGCGUGGGCGUUUCUUCCCUCUUGAUUCGAUUCUUGUUGUUCAGAAUUGCCGACAAUUGUUUGGGCUCUGGGACGAAACGGGUACGAGUUGCUGGUGAGGAUAGGAUUAAUGAAAUGCCACUUAUUUUGGCAAUAGGUACUGAAAAUGAACAAAUUGGAGGUACCACAAGUUUCUGUUCAGGUGUUGCAUUUGGCUGGAUGUUCUUGUGUGCAGCGAUCUUUCUUAGAUUUGAAAAAGAUUGGGAUUACUUUAAGAGUUUUUAUUUCUUUUUUUGUUCGCUAACGACUAUUGGAUACGGUUUGUGAUUUUGACUUUGCCAAGAAAUCAUUAGAAAAGUGAUUAAGGUGACGUGACACCCACUAACAGUGAGGAUAUGUUCAUCAUUUUCGGACUCAUCAUCAUAGGUCUUUCAUUGGUUUCAAUGUGUAUCAAUGUUAUUCAACUAAAGUUGGAAAAACUUUUUGAGGUGAAUCUUUCAUUGUGUGACUCUUCAAUGUCUUGAAUUCCAGGAACUUCUUCUUACUUUGAUGGAAGAGUACAAUGCAGAUCCAGAAGGAACUCAUCUGAAGGCGGGCACCAUUGGUGAGCGAGUGUACAUAAAGAAGACUGAUGCGUGUUGGUUUUUUUCUAGGAAUGCGGGAAAUGUGGAGAGCAUGGAAGAAAAGGAAAGGAAAACUGGGCGAUGGGCUCGGAAAAGCGAAAAGCGCACGAAGCGCGGCAAACAAAGCGAGCGAGAAUUUUGUUAAGGUUUGCGUGAAAAACAGGAACUUGACCCUUCUGUACCCAAACGCAAUUUUCUUCAGAUGCUACCGUUUUCUCGAAAAAGAGAACGUCAGCACUUGAUAGCCGAGCUACAGAAACAGUUACAGCGGAAGGAAAAAAGCACACAGACAGACUUUGGCUAUCCAAACUGUGAGGAAGCUUACACAGAGACCAGUGAUGUUGACAGCUGUGUUACAGAUUUCCGGAACUCGGUCAUUUCUGAUAAAUGUGAAUGAAAAAAAAGGUUUGCACACGUAGAAUAACCUAUCAUUUUUCAGCACAAAGUCAGCAUUUGCUGCUGAUCCCGGAUGGGCCUAUUUGUGGGCCUUCUCGUUGCGAAAGUCGACCUGUGGUUGCGAUGGCAGAAGCUUCUCUGUGCUCUUCGUCAUCAGUACAUCCUUCUUCGUAUCCAUCUUCUCAUCGUCCAAGUUCCACCAUUCCGUCGUCAUCGCCUGGAUCUCGAGUCUCAGUGCCGUCAGCUGCCAGUUCAGCCAAAUCGGCUCCGGCAGCAAGUCCCAGUCGGCAGCCUCCAUUCGUUGAUUUCGAUCCAAAUCGGAGAUGGACAUUCGUAGCGACCAAUAGAGUACGUGCUCCUUUCCAACCCACAAUUUGGAAAUUUCCACGACAACAAGAGAGUCACAUGUGUAUUCAUACAUGCUUUCCGUCGUAUCUCUUUCUUUGUUGUGUGUCGAAGCCCGUAAAAUGUCGGCUGCUCGCAAGUCGACGGGUAUAUAAGCCAAAGGCAACUUGCUCGGCUUCUGUUCUCACCAGAACAUAUACGGAAUGGGAGCCGGCGGUGUCGGCCAGUCUUUCCUCGCAUUCCAAUAAGUAUUCGAGCAGGACUCGGUAGUUAUGCAUAUAUCCCCCUAACAUAAAAAUAGACAGAUGGAUGCGAGGUUGACCGGUCAAGGUUCCUCCUAGUUUUGGUUUUGUAAAUCAUUUUAUUUUCAGAAUCAACGCGGUUACCCGCGCGGGCUGGUCGUCCCAUACAUGUACACCAGACCAAUGGUUAGUAUUUGACAGAGAUGCGCUAUAUAAUUUUGAUUUUCAGAAUUCGGUAGUUCACACGACUGAAAUGAGACGACUCAUAGCUGAAAUCGACGUUCGCCUUCAGGUAUGUGUCCUAUUUUCAGUAGAAAAAAUAUUUUUUCUCAGGACUGUCGCUCACUUGCAACACCAGUCAAUUCCAUCAGAGGAACUGUUUCCGGCAGUUCAUUUUCUCGAUCUGUCAUUUCGGACUCUUCAAUUCCAGAAGAAUAUUGA